GCAUAUCCACUAACUACAGAAACAGCUCAACAAACAUCUCUAACCAUUAUAGAUACUUUUAACUUUUUUUUUAAAUUUUCAACUAUUUAAGAACAAUGGUAAAUGAUUGCUGUUUAUCAUCUGUUGAUGAUUUAGAGAAAAAACUUAUCCUAGCUAAGCAGUCCCUUAUUGAAUUAAAUGAUAAUAUUCGUCGAUUUGUUGGUCGCGUACCAAAGGAGUUGAGAAUUGAGAAAUACAAACAUGCCGAUGAAGCCAAAAAGAGUGAUCAUAACGAAAGAUCAUUUAAAGAUAAGCGUCGUAUGUUUGAUUCGAAUUAUGCAGAUGGUCGUUUCUCUGUAGACGAGAGCGAAACUCGGUCGCCAAGGAUUAACUCUCGUGUAAUUCGGGAAUUACCAUCUAGAAAAGAAGUUGUUGAAGCUCAAGGAACAGAUUCCGAGUCAAUAGCUCGAAAUCGUCGCAUGUUUGGAUCUCUUAUUGGAACAUUACAAAAAUUCUGCCAAGAGGAGUCGCGUCUAAAGAUCAAAGAAGAUAAAAAAGCUGAAAUAGAAAAGAAACUGGAGAGGCAAGAACUUCAGGAAAGAGCCAUGCUAAGAAAAGAACGAGAAACUUUGUUUUUAAAUAAAAAACGAAAGCAAUUUGAAGUUAGAGCAUUGGAAUAUAAAAUGGCUAGACUAAAGGAUUUUAAAUCAUGGGAAUCAUCCAUCACUUAUCAAAAACAUCAAAUUAGAACAAAAACUAAACCGCGAAGCCAUACGUUCCCUUACAGGACAUUGGCUAGAAGGCGCACACCCAAACAGGAUGGGUGCUCCAAAAAUGCUCCAUGAAAUAACUAGGUGGCUCCUCCGAGAGGGGGUGGCCAGCUUUGAAGCCCGUAGAGAGUCGUAGGGGGAUUCCGGCGAAUUUUACCGAGGGCACUUAUGCAAUCACCGGACGGCCCUCGCGGAGAAUCUGCUGGUCCACCCGUUCCGUUUAAGAAGGGAAAUCAGGGGGUGCGACCGGCAGGCAUCCCCGAGUAUCGGGACGGCGGCCAGGCUGCUCCUGCGGGGAAAAUCCGACUCUGGCUUAGGCAAUCGGCGGUCAGCACCCUCGGGAUCUAUCAUGGAUUGUUACGGGGAUCGCGACCACACUGAGAUACCGACAGGUAUCACCGAGAUUACUAAGGCAAUCGCCGGAUAGCACCUUCGAGAUCCUACCGAAAUAUAGAUUACUGGGAUAAUGCGGGGACGCCGACAGGCAUCACCGAGAGGGCUUAGGCAAUCGCCGGAUUGCACCUUCGGGUUCCUAUUCAGAAUGCGAAUCACAACGGAGACUACUCAGGCAAGUAGUGUAAGGUUAAGGAGAAGAGACAAGUCCCCUGAUACCCGGUUUCCCCAGGCAAUGGAUACGGACAGUUGGCGGCGAGAUUGUUUGUUCAUUGUGUUCUUUACAUGUUUUUUUUCUUAAAUCCCUACCUAUCGCACCGUUCAGCAGCUCCCGCUCUCGCCCGGGAGUCUCGGCGUAGACGGCAGCGUCGGCAGCUUUCGCCAUUCCUUUCUGCUGCUGCCGUGUGGCUUUGUGGCUGCGUUCUGCUCUCUCUUGAUCCCCUGCUGGCAUGGCGUUGCUGUGGCUGGCUUGUCUUAUCGCUUACAGUUCUUUCUGGGCCUCGCCUCUUCCCUUCUUUCGGUUACUGGUGCUUCUCUAUUGUUGCUGGACUUCGUCUUCCUCUCUUGCGGUUGUCACUGCUUCGUUGUUGUCGCUGGGCUGGCUGCUUUCGCUGGGAUAAACAACCACGAAAAUCAAGUGGCGUCUGCCGUGAUCAUGAUAAGAGACUACUCUGGUACUUAGAGACCCCUCAGGCCGUAUAGUACGGAAAUAAAAGAACUUGGGCUUUCGUGGUUGAAAUAUUUCAACUUUUAUUUAUACAUAACAUUAUCAAUAAGGAAGUAGAUAUUGACAUUUUGGCUAUAAGUUUCAAAUUUAAUUUAUGUCCGACAUUAAGCUUUUCUGUACCCAUCGUGGCAAUGCAAAAGCUGCAUCAUGUACUUCCUGUGUAUAGUAUUUUAAAUUUAGCGCUUCGAUAUCAAAAUUUUUUAUUUUAUUUACAGAGUUAAUGAACUUUUGAUUUUUGUUCAAAGAACCUAUAACAAAACCUAUAUGACCACAAGGAUAAGAGGGAACUGAAGUUAUGGCAUAGGAAACUUUUGGGAAGUGCUCUUUGCAACCAGACAUUGUUUUUUUUAUGUAACUCAAGUCUAACCAAAAACUACCUCCUUGAGAGCACACGAUUCCAUCUUCUUUUAAAGCAUGUUUCAUUAAUUUAUAAUAGCUUUCAUUGAACAAGCUUACUGCUGGACCAAUUGGAUCCGAGCUAUCCGUUAUAAUGACAUCAAAUUCAUUUUUAUGUUUUUUCAUGUACUCAAAACCAUCGCCAAUAGUUAGCUUUAAUUUUUCGCUCUUAAACCCGCAUGCCAUUUCAGGUAAAUGUUGUUUUGAAAGUUCCACAACGCGUUCGUCUAUUUCUAUUUGAUGUACUUCUUCAACCAAGGGAUGUUUUACAACUUCACGCGCCACGCCGCCAUCGCCGCCACCAACAAUCAAGACUUUUUUUGGAUUUGGAUGAGAAAAAAGAGGUAGAAAUGCUAUCAUUUCCUGGUAAGAAAAUUCAUCUCUUGACGUGCAUUGUAUUAUUCCAUCCAAUAUUAAGCACUUCCCAUAUGUUUCACUGAAAACGGAAACAAAAAUAUAAUUUAAAAAUCAGAUAGAACAGAAUAUAAAUGAAAACGAGGGUAAAAGUUGCCGCUGCUCUACUUUUAUUC